AUGAUGUCCACGCCCUAUGAACUCCGCACCGGCGGCGACGGCAAAUCGAAGAAACAGUCCAUGGCCGAGCUCAAGCUGCGUCGGCUGACGGAGCUGAAUGCGCGGCUGAAGGAGGAUUUGGAGAGGAGACGGAUACCUGUCAGCGAGGCGGCGAUGGACUUGAUUGCAUUCUGUGACAAGGAGCCAAAGGAUUAUAUGGUGCCGAGCCGAUGGGGAACGGUCGACAAACGCGAAGACCCCUAUGCACCCCAACAAGGUAGCACAGGCUGCUGCAUAGUCAUGUAA